UACUAUAAAACUAUUUUGUGUAGUCCCGAACUAAGAUUGGCGCGACACACGUGACUCCGCUACCGGAACUGACGUUGAGUCAUUGCAAGUAGGGCUAUCACCAGAUUGAAAAAUUUCAUAUUGACCCAUAUUAAUUAAAUUUAUUGUUAACGUAGCAUUUUGUAAAGUAUUGUGAUUUUCAUUAUAGAUUAGUGAUAUACUCCAUAGAAGUUGUAGAUUUUAUUAAAUAACUUUUAUUCAAUAUGCCUGCAUCUCCAGCAUUAUCUGCUCGAUCUUAUAAUUCAGUAUUAGAUUUUAAGAGUGUCCCAAGUAAAGGUGGAUGGAUUGUUCAAAAAUUUGGUGGUACAUCUGUGGGGAAAUUUCCUAAUAAAAUAGUAGAUGAUAUUAUUAAAGCAUUUUCAGCAAAUAAUCGUGUUGCAGUGGUAUGUUCAGCUCGUUCAUCUCAAACUAAAAAUGAAGGUACUACAUCUCGAUUGUUAAGAGCAGCUGAUUUGGCUAGUGAAAAUAAAGAUUUCGAUGCAUUAUUAGAUAUUAUUGAAGAAGAUCAUGUAAAUAAUGCCAAAACCUUUGUUACUAAUGAUAUAAAAGUUCAAGAACAAUUAAUUCAAGAUUCUAAGAAUGAAUUAGAUCAUGCUCGUGAAUUAUUAAAAGCUUGUCAAAUCAUUGGAGAGAUAAGUCCAAGAUCUCUUGAUUCAAUAAUGUCAAUUGGAGAAAAAUUAUCAUGUCUUUUUAUAGCUGCAUUAAUGCAAGAUCAUGGAUUAAAAUCAAAGUAUAUUGAUUUAUCAGAUAUUAUACCAUUAAAUUAUGAUUUCUCUCGAGGAUUUGAUGAUAAUUUCUAUAAAUUUUUAUCUCAACAUUUUGGUAGUCAAGUAUUACAAUUGGAUGAUGAUGUAGUUCCAGUAUUAACUGGAUAUUUUGGAGUAGUUCCUGGUGGAUUAUUAAAUGGAGUUGGUAGAGGUUAUACUGAUUUAUGUGCAGCAUUAGUAGCUGUAGGAGUUCAAGCUGAUGAAUUACAAGUUUGGAAAGAAGUUGAUGGUAUAUUUACUGCUGAUCCAAGAAAAGUUCCAAAUGCAAGAUUAUUAGAUAGUGUUACACCAGAAGAAGCAGCUGAAUUAACUUAUUAUGGUUCUGAAGUUAUUCAUCCAUUUACUAUGGAACAAGUAAUUAAAGCAAGAAUUCCAAUUAGAAUUAAAAAUGUUGAAAAUCCUCAAGGUAAAGGUACAAUUAUUUAUCCAGAUAAUAUUGGUAGAAGAGGUGAAGAUACUCCACCACAUCCACCUGCAGCAUAUGAAACAUUAUCUCCAAAUUAUAUUACUUCACAUAAAAAGAGAUCUGCAACUGCUAUUACUGCCAAACAAGAUAUUGUAGUUAUAAAUAUUCAUUCAAAUAAAAAGACUUUAAGUCAUGGUUUCUUAGCCCAUAUUUUUACAACUUUAGAUUUAUUUAAAUUAGUUGUUGAUUUAAUUUCAACUUCAGAAGUUCAUGUAUCAAUGGCUUUACAAAUUCUGAGUGAUCAAGAAAGUGCCUUAAGAUCAGCUGUAAAGGAAUUAAGAAAAAUUGGUACUGUUGAUAUUACUAGAAAUAUGACUAUUAUUUCAUUAGUUGGGAAACAAAUGGUAAAUUUUAUUGGUAUUGCCGGUAAUAUGUUUAAAGUAUUAGCUGAUGAAAAAAUUAAUAUUGAAAUGAUUAGUCAAGGAGCUAAUGAAAUUAAUAUUUCUGCUGUUAUAGAUGAUAAUGAUACUAUACGAGCAUUAUGCUCUAUUCAUGCAAGAUUAUUAGAAGGAAAUUAUGAUGCCCUUAGUAAUGCUGUUGAUUCUCGAUUAGAAGCAUUAAGAUUAUCAUAAAAUUAAUCUACACUGUAAAUACAAAACAUUUUAUACAUCAUAUUUAUUUAACAAAUAUAUAUAUAUAGGGAU